AAGCCACAGCUACUGAGAAAGUGGUGUAACCCCACCCCUCAGGGAAGAGGAUAAAGCCUCUUCUGACUGAGGGAAGGACAGUCACAGCGGCCAGCAGCUACUGACACAUGCAUCAUGACCAGGAGACAGAACUGGAUACCAGAUGCCAGUCCUUUGUGGGUCCUGCUACUGUGUGCCUAUAUCAUCACUGUCCUGGUCAGAGCCACACCUAUACCUCAGACCAGCACAAUUGCCACUGUCUCAGCUGGAAGUAUAAAGGACCCCUGCUCUUCCUGGAGCUCAGUGCUGCCAGCAACUAAGCGAUGCCCAGCAUUGGAGGUGAUCUGGCCAGAAGCAGAAGUGCCGCUAAAUGGAACGCUGACCUUGUCCUGUACUGCCUGUAGCCACUUUCCACACUUCAGCAUCCUCUACUGGCUUGGCAAUGGUUCCUUCAUUGAACACCUCUCAGGCCCUCUGCGAGAGUGCAGCACCAGCCGGGAUCAUGGAAACACAAGCACAAGGCUGUGGAAGGCCUUGGUGCUGGAGGAGCUGAGCCCUGCCCUGCGCAGCACCAACUUCUCCUGUGUGUUCGUGGACCCUGCCCAGGUUGCCCAGCGUCACAUUUCCUUGGCCCAGCUCUGGGCUGGGCAGAGGACAAUUUUUCCCUCAACUCAAGAAGCCCUGCCCGCCAGCCAUAGCCCAGGGCCACAGAUGCCCACAUCAGCAGGGUUAGGAAUCAGCACAGAGCCAGCAACAGCACAACCCUGA